CAAAUCCAGCCUGGGACAAUAGUGACUGUAAAUUGUUACAUCCCCAGUUCUGGUUUGUCAGCCAAUAAAGUUAGCUGUUGGUCCCAGUCCCAUUCCUAGUAUUCACAUUGCAAAGCCAUCAAGCUUGCACUACCAUACUUGUGUAGGUGAAUAUAGUGUGGGCUGCCCACUCAGAAGCUGGAAAUGGGUGACAAGGGAUGGAUCACUUGAUUAUCUGUUCUGUUCAUUCUUUUUGGGGUACCUGGCAUUGGCCACUAGCAGAAGACAGGAUACUGGGCUGACCCAGUAUGGCCAUUCUUAUGUUUCACCUCCACUAAAAGUCACAGUAGAAUCAAGACACAUAUUUGCCUCACUCCAGUUACUGCUGCUGCUACUUCUCUUUUUCCAUACUCUGAUCACUCUCACUUGCUGGAAGCUGCCUGUGGCUAGUGAUCUGGCAGCAAGAGCAGCUGCGGUUGGAAGGUACUAUGGCUCACGCAGCCACUUCACAUGAGUUCUAAGACCAAACACCGUGGUGCUGUAGGGCACUGUAUCUGGGAAUCUAUGCUGGUGUGAUUUACACAACAAUAGGCUGGUUGAAGAAGCAUCUGGCCCCUAUGAAUCUCUGAGCAGAAGACUGAGAAGCAUCAAGUGAAAUGGAGAGUAGUCAAGUCUCAGCACGAACAGAGAAAAUAUAGCGUGAAACAAUCUCCCUACUCCACAAUCUGGUCUGUUGUGGUGGGUGAUAAUGUACUAUCCUUCCAUUCACACUAAGGGCUUGGCUGCACUGUAGAGUUGCAGCGCUGGUGGUGGCUUUACAGCGCUGCAACUCACUCACCGUCCACACUUGCAAGGCACAUCCAGCGCUGUAUCUCCCUGGCUACAGCGCUGGCUGUACUCCACCUCUGCCUGGGGAAUAACGACUGCAGCGCUGGUGAUGCAGUGCUGCUCCACCAGUGUCGCCACCAAAAGCGCUGUAAUUGGCCUCCAGAGGUAUUCGGAGGUAUCCCAGAAUGCCUGUUCAGCUACUCUGUUCAUCAGUUUGAACUCUACUGCCCUGGCCUCAGGUGACCCGCCCUUUAAAUGCCCUGGGAAUUUUAAAAAUCCCCUUCCUGUUCGCUCAGCCAGGUGUGGAGUGCAAUCAGUGAAUCUUUCCAGGUGACCAUGCCUCCACGCGCCAAACGAGCCCCAGCAUGGAGCAAUGGCGAGUUGCUGGACCUCAUCAGUGUUUGUAGGGAGGAAGCUGUGCGGUCCCAGCUGCACUCCAGCCAUAGGAAUUACGACACCUAUGGGCAGAUAUCAAGGGCCAUGCUGGAAAGGGGCCAUGACCGGGACGCGCUGCUGUGCAGGGUUAAAGUAAAGGAGCUGCGGAGUGCCUAUUGCAAAGCCCGCAAGGGAAACCGCUGCUAUGGCGCAGCUCCCACGACCUGCCAUUUUUACAAAGAGCUGGACACGAUACUUGGGGGUGACCCCACCGCCAAUCUGAGGACCACGAUGGACACUUCAGAGAGGAGGCGGAAGGAGGAGGAGGAGGGGGGAAGGAGGAAACCAAGAGUGAGGGUACUGGAGUGGGGGGAGACACCCCGGAGUCCCAGGAGGCAUGCAGCCAGGAGCUCUUCUCAAGCCAGGAGGAAGGCAGCCAGUCGCAGCAGCCGGUACUUGGUGAAGAAUAAGCAGAGGAGUGGGUUCCCGCAACCUUGAGUUCUCGGCUGCCCGUGUUAUCAGCAGCUCAAAGACUCCAAAACUUCCGGAAGAAGCUGCGAAAAAGCAAAGACGACCUGCUGCAAGCAGUUAUGGAACACUCUGCCAGAGAGAAUCAAAAAGUGCAGGACUGGAGGGAAAGGGAAAGCAGGAUCCGCCAGAGAAACGCAGCGGCCAGGAAGAAAAGCACAAAGCAGCUCAUAAGCAUCCUGGUGCGCCAAGCAGACUCUAUCCAGGCGCUCGUAGCCAUGCAGGCAGAGCACUACUGUGCCGGCCCCUGCCCGUCCCAAAGCUCUUUCCCUUGUGCCCCAAUGUCAGCUCAAAACCGCCUUCCCCAGCAUCCAGGUUCUUACCACCACCAGCUACCUCCAACACCUGUACGUUCACCAACCAGCCCUGAGAACUACGACCCUUACCCUCUGCACUCAACCCCCAUCACCAUGCAGUAUAGGCAUCCUGAAGUGCAGCAGUCAUUGCACAGCACUCCAGACAGGACAUUU